AUGCCUCCGGUGCCCAUUUAUGUGAAGGGAGGGGUCUGGUCAAAUAUAGAGGAUCAGAUUCUCAAAGCUGCUAUCCAAAAAUAUGGAACUCACCAAUGGAGUAAGGUGGCAUCGUUGUUGCAAAAGAAAACUGCGAAACAAUGUGAAUCUCGGUGGACUGAAUACCUGAAUCCAAAUUUAAAUUUCAAGGAGUUUUCCAAAGAAGAAGAUGCAAAGUUACUGGAGCUAUCUAGGAGACUUCCAAACCAAUGGAGGACGAUAGCUGAUAUUAUGGGAAGAACUGCGCAACUGUGUAUUGAUCGCUAUAAUAAACUUCUGGAGGGAGAUGAUGCUGAACUUGGUCUCACGUCUUCUUUAGAAUUACAAGUUGGUGACAUAAAUAUUGAUGCAGAAACAAAACCUGCUAAACCAGAUAAAGAUGAGCUUGAUGACGAUGAAAGAGAAAUGUUAGCUGAAGCUCGGGCGAGAUUGUUGAACACACAAGGGAAGAAGGCUACAAGAAAAAUCAGAGAACGGAUGCUAGAAGAAAGCAAAAGGGUUGCUCACUUGCAAAAGAGGCGUGAAUUAAAACAGGCCGGUGUUGAUUUCAAAAUCAAAGCUCCCAAAAAGAAGUAUGAUACGCAGAUUGAUUAUAACGCAGAUAUUAUUUAUGAGCAGGAACCAGUUGAAGGAAUAUAUGACACCUCACGAGAAGAUGAAAGGGCUGCAAGAGAUUUAGCCAAUUUCGAACGAUCGGUUAGUCGAAAGGGCCUUAACGACGAUAAGCAAUCAUUUACAAAAGGUGGCGCAUCAGAGCAAAAAAGGUCUCACGAGGAAGCAUUUCGAAUUAAAGCCGAGAAUACAUUCGUUAACAAUGAAUUGAAGAAACCAAAACUAGAACUUCCCGAUCCCCACUCUGUUACGACUGAAGACCUUCAGGCACAGAUUGAUACUGACAGACACCAAAUACUACAGCUCAAGCCAGAUUCUCAUAUAAUUGCUGAUUCCAGCCCAAUUAAAAAUACACAGAAAGAACCUUCAUAUUUCAGAAAACCUAAGAAAUCUAUAUUGUCUUUGUUUGCCAAACUUCCAAAGCCAAGGAACGAUUUUGAAAUUGUCUUGGAUGACGAUUCUGAUUCUGAGGUCAAUGAACAGGUUCUCGAAACUACAAAUUCCGAAAGCAAGGAGACGCAGUUAACUGUGGCAUCUCAAAACGUCGACUUAGAUGAUACAACAGCACGAAAAUCAAAGAUAAUAUCGAUGAGGAACGAUUUACCAUUUCCAGAACCUAUAGUUAACCCAAAGACCCCUAUAGAUAAAGAAUUUGUAAAGAUUUUGGUCUCAUCACUGGCUGGGACUCGCUUAGAAAUAGACUCCUCGUCUUCGAAAUUAAGAGAGCGGAUUGAAAGAAAAGUGUCGGAGGAUCUUGACCGGACUUCGACCAUCUACCAAGAAGUGACCGAAAAAUUGGUCAAGGACAGGAAAGAAAAUCCCGAGACAUUAAAAUCAACCAUUGAAAAUUACAACGCUCGUAUAUCUGCCUUGAAAGAAUCGCUCCAACGCACAAGCGAGCUUGAAGUUGAGAACGGCAAAGUAUCGAAUAAUGUGAUCAAGAAAACACUUCCUGACAUAACGCAACUUCAGCAGGAUUAUUUUGCACACUAUAGGAUGUAUCAAAAUGAAUAUUACGCCAUUGCUCAGCGUAAGCAGAAGUUACAAGAAUUAAUCUCUGAUGCCAGUGGUGCAUAA